UAAAAAAUGGCAUAAUUCUAUAAAUAAUAAAGAAUAUGUAAAAUAUUAUAAAUAUAUCUUGGAUAAAUUAUAGAACUUUUUAAAGUUGUUUGAUUUGUUUUUUUAGAAGGCCAGUGUCACAAUCAACUAAUAAAUAUGGAAUCAAAUUACCCCCCUUAAAUACAAAAGAAUUAUCACAAAAUCAAAUUAAAUUGAAACCAAUCAAGCAAAAUCCAAAAUUAAGAGUGACAUGCAACAACAAUUGGGAUUGGAGAAUGCAACAAGAAUUUAUUCAAACAUCAAUUCAUCAACAGAAUAUACAACCAAAUAACAGUAUAAAAGCUCCUACAUCAUAUUCCACAAUGCCAGUAAUAAAUAAUGCCAUAUUAAAUCAUUCAAUUCUGGAACAGAAAAAGAAAAAUUUUGGAGAAUUUACACAUUUUCCCAAAUUAUACAAUAUUACACUUCCAAAAACAACAGUUUUCUUCUCAAAUGCUGCUGUUUUAUAUCCAACUGUAAUUAAUUCAAAUGUAAUUAAAAAGAUACAAACUGUUAAUAAAGUAGAAAUAAAAAAGAAAGCCAAUGAAAAGAUGAGAUAUCCACCAUUAAACCAAAGUGUCAGAAUCAUAGUGAACAAUAUUGACAAUGAAGGUUUCAAGAAAACAAAACUUGAAAAAAAUGGACACUGAAUAUUGGAAAAGAAAAAUUUGCUCAUUUACUUCAUAAUUAUACAGAAAAUGU